AUGGUUUUAUGGACCUACAGGAAGUCGAAGAACCACAAUGGCACCAAAAAACUGAAGAGUAGUGUAUGUGACCAGAUCUCAGCAGAAGCGGCUCUGAUGGCAGAAACCGUCCCGUCUGGUCUGUUGGAGGCGUGUGUGGUGCUCGGAGUCUCCAACGAACGUCUGAAAGAACUAGUCCUGGUUUUGCCCAUUUGUCACUGCAGGGUGAAGUCGAGGAGCCUCUGGUGGAGGCCGAGGUGCUGCAGGUUCACGCUCCUUCCGUUUGUGACGAAGGAGAGCUCCAGGAACGCCACUCAACACUUCAGCAGAGCCCAGCGGAGACGCUCCUUUAAGAAGAAGAGAGAGCAACCGGUGUCCACCACCAGCGCUUCUAACCAAACCAAGGAACCAGUGGUCUCCGGCUCAGACGACCUCAGCGUACCUCAGAGCAUUGAUCUGAUAGCCCUGCCACAGCUCUGCUUCCCAGAUGGGUUGAGGAUAACCGGUGAGAGCAGAGAAGACUACUAUCACUUCCUGGUGUUCACAGAUGUGUUUGGGAACCAGACUCAUGGUGUGGUGGCUCAGUACUGCAGACCUGUUCAUUGUGUUACAGAUAAUGGGAUUUAUCAAAACGGCCUUCGGCUGAACAAACUCCAGCGUCUGUUCGCCACAUACAGCAUCUGUAUCAUCUCCAAAUAUCCAUAUUAUAACGCCCUCAGAGACUGUCUGUCCAGUUUCUUACUCCAGCUGAAGACGUCCCGCAUGUGUGAGUUUGAAGAGCAGGUGAAGGAGUUUUCUGCCAAACUGGCGCUGGUGCCCAUCCCGCCCCCUGGACCGCUGGUGUUCAAUCUCAGACCCUUUCAGAUUGAACUUCCCUCCAGACUGGAUGUGGAUCGGCCCGUCAUGGACCUCGAUCUUCACCUGCCUUUUCUGUGUUUCAAACCCAACAGAUCCUGCAGGUGUGCCUUCAGCUGA